AUGAGUACUUUUAUUUCAUAUUUAAGAUCAAUAGAUUUUUUUGGAGCUCCCUUAGUCUAAUAAAUUGAUAGAUAGUAAUCAAUUUAUAAAAGCAUUUUUGGAGGGAUUAUGACAUUGUUAAUUUGUUCAGCCAGUCUCUCUUAUGCUAUUUGGGUUGUUUAUAAAUGGUAAACAAAUUAAUAUAGCCCUAAAAUUUCUAGCUCUGUCUAUAUUUCAAACUUUAAAUUACUAAAUUUGAACUAUGAUGUUAUAAAAAUUUGUUUUUACAAAUAUGAAGAAAAUUUAAUUGAUCCUUUUGAAGCUAAGGUUUUACUUCCAUUAAUUAUUUAUACAGAAAACUAUAAAUUUACUGAAACUAAAGUGUUAGACUUAUCUAAUUAAACAUCCUAUUAUGGAAACAAAUUCAUAAUUCCAUAAAUGAAAUUAGGUUUUACAGAUGUUAAUGGUUAAUUAAUAACAACAUCUGAAAUGUAUAUAUAAAUAGUAAAAUGCACAACUAAACUGUUAAAAGAUGGAGAAUAAUGUGCAUCUGAGGAGAUUAGUAAUUAAUUUUUUAGUUAACCACAAAAUAUUAUUAUAAUGCAGGUUUAAUACAAACAGUUAAAUUCUAAAGAUGGAUCUAUUUAAUCAAGUAUUUAAGAAUUUUUUGUUUAAGUGGAAAAACAAAAUUGCUAUACUUUAAAUACUUUCUUAUAAAGUAGUUUUUAUGAAGUCUAAGAUUCAUUUCUUUUCGGAUCUCCAAAAUAUUAUGAAUUUGUUAAUGAAGCUUUAAUUUAGCCAUAAACAAAUACAGUUUAAUAUUGCAAAUAAGCAUAUGGAGAUGAAACAUAUGCAUCACUAUAUAUAGUAAUGAAAGGAAAUUAAAUUAAAACCAUUUAUGAAUAUCCAAACCCAGGGGAAUUAUUAGCAAAUAUUGGUUCAAUUAUUUCAGUUUUGUUUUUGUUUCGGCACGUUAUACUUUUUUUAAAUUCUUAUUAUUUAAAUGAAAAAAUAGUACAUGAUAUGAUAUCUUUUUAUUAUCCUUAAUUUUCUUAACUUAAGAUUUAUAAAAAUUGGAAGAGAGAUACUGUUAAAGUGGUCUUACAUAAUCAAUAACUUGAAUUAAAUAAAUACCUAGAAUUCUAUAGAAAUAUAAAAUAAAAAAUUGAAUAAAAACUAACUUUUAUUAAUAUGUUUUAUGAAAUUUCCAGACUUUAUCUUUUAAUAAGAGCUCAUAAAUUUUAAGAUGAGAUUAAAAAAUGUCAUCUUGUAGGAUUAAAAUUAGAAAAUCUCAAAUCAUCGAGCGGAGUCGUUGAUUCAUUCUAUUGCCCUUCUAAGGAAAUUGAAGAAAUGACAUUAAAUGANAUAAAUAUAUUUGAUUUAUUUCUCCAAAAAAUAUUAAAUUAUAAUAAUGAGUACUUUUAUUUCAUAUUUAAGAUCAAUAGAUUUUUUUGGAGCUCCCUUAGUCUAAUAAAUUGAUAGAUAGUAAUCAAUUUAUAAAAGCAUUUUUGGAGGGAUUAUGACAUUGUUAAUUUGUUCAGCCAGUCUCUCUUAUGCUAUUUGGGUUGUUUAUAAAUGGUAAACAAAUUAAUAUAGCCCUAAAAUUUCUAGCUCUGUCUAUAUUUCAAACUUUAAAUUACUAAAUUUGAACUAUGAUGUUAUAAAAAUUUGUUUUUACAAAUAUGAAGAAAAUUUAAUUGAUCCUUUUGAAGCUAAGGUUUUACUUCCAUUAAUUAUUUAUACAGAAAACUAUAAAUUUACUGAAACUAAAGUGUUAGACUUAUCUAAUUAAACAUCCUAUUAUGGAAACAAAUUCAUAAUUCCAUAAAUGAAAUUAGGUUUUACAGAUGUUAAUGGUUAAUUAAUAACAACAUCUGAAAUGUAUAUAUAAAUAGUAAAAUGCACAACUAAACUGUUAAAAGAUGGAGAAUAAUGUGCAUCUGAGGAGAUUAGUAAUUAAUUUUUUAGUUAACCACAAAAUAUUAUUAUAAUGCAGGUUUAAUACAAACAGUUAAAUUCUAAAGAUGGAUCUAUUUAAUCAAGUAUUUAAGAAUUUUUUGUUUAAGUGGAAAAACAAAAUUGCUAUACUUUAAAUACUUUCUUAUAAAGUAGUUUUUAUGAAGUCUAAGAUUCAUUUCUUUUCGGAUCUCCAAAAUAUUAUGAAUUUGUUAAUGAAGCUUUAAUUUAGCCAUAAACAAAUACAGUUUAAUAUUGCAAAUAAGCAUAUGGAGAUGAAACAUAUGCAUCACUAUAUAUAGUAAUGAAAGGAAAUUAAAUUAAAACCAUUUAUGAAUAUCCAAACCCAGGGGAAUUAUUAGCAAAUAUUGGUUCAAUUAUUUCAGUUUUGUUUUUGUUUCGGCACGUUAUACUUUUUUUAAAUUCUUAUUAUUUAAAUGAAAAAAUAGUACAUGAUAUGAUAUCUUUUUAUUAUCCUUAAUUUUCUUAACUUAAGAUUUAUAAAAAUUGGAAGAGAGAUACUGUUAAAGUGGUCUUACAUAAUCAAUAACUUGAAUUAAAUAAAUACCUAGAAUUCUAUAGAAAUAUAAAAUAAAAAAUUGAAUAAAAACUAACUUUUAUUAAUAUGUUUUAUGAAAUUUCCAGACUUUAUCUUUUAAUAAGAGCUCAUAAAUUUUAAGAUGAGAUUAAAAAAUGUCAUCUUGUAGGAUUAAAAUUAGAAAAUCUCAAAUCAUCGAGCGGAGUCGUUGAUUCAUUCUAUUGCCCUUCUAAGGAAAUUGAAGAAAUGACAUUAAAUGAUGAAGAUGUACAAAUUCUUUCUCUUUAAGAGCGGUAAAAAUUUGGAAAAAUUGAAAUUACGGAUGAAGAAAUCAAUUUGAUGAAUUUUUAUGAUAUAAACAAAAUAUAAUUAUGA